AGCUCGUCGUCGAAGCCGUUCCUCCACUCGGCUCACGGGCCCUCUUCCACUUUGAAAAGUUGGGAUUUAAGGUCAGUUCGGUGCGAGCGGCAACUGUGAGGCGGCGAAAUGGCACUUUUUCGAGUAACUGCAUCUCGUCUCGCUGAAACAAAUCAGGUCCUACCUACACUCUCCGUUCUUCUUCGCAACCUCAGCGAUGCCUCAACAGAUCUCAAGGCUGUUCUGGAGAAGAAGAUCCCAGCUGAACAGGAACGUGUCAAGGCAUUCCGGAAAGAAUAUGGCAACAAAGUCGUGGGAGAGGUCACCGUGGACAUGAUGUACGGUGGUAUGCGAGGCAUCAAGGGCCUGGUGUGCGAGACCUCCGUGCUGGACGCGGACGAGGGUAUCCGCUUCCGCGGCUACUCCAUCCCCGAGUGCCAGAAGCUCCUCCCCAAGGCGCCCGGCGGCACCGAGCCCCUGCCCGAGGGCAUCUUCUGGCUCCUCAUCACCGGCGAGAUCCCCACCGACGCCCAGGUCAAGGCCCUGUCCAAGGAGUGGGCUAACCGCGCCGAGCUCCCCGCCCAUGUCGUCACCAUGCUCAACAACUUCCCCACACACCUCCACCCCAUGUCCCAGUUCAGCGCCGCCAUCACCGCCCUCAACUCCGAGAGCAAGUUCGUCAAGGCCUACACUGACGGCAUCCACAAGUCCAAAUACUGGGAGGUCGCCUAUGAAGACUCAAUGGACCUGAUCGCCAAGCUCCCCGUCGUGGCCGCUACCAUCUACCGCAACACCUACAAGGACGGCAAGGGUAUUGGUGCCAUCGACACCAACCUUGACUGGUCUGCUAACUUCACCAAGAUGCUGGGCUUCGACAACCCCGAGUUCAACGAUCUCAUGCGCCUGUACCUGACCAUCCACAGUGACCACGAGGGUGGCAACGUCAGUGCCCACACCGUGCACUUGAUCGCCUCCGCCCUGUCCGACCCCUACCUCGCCUUCGCUGGUGGCAUGAACGGUCUGGCCGGCCCGCUCCACGGCCUGGCCAACCAGGAGGUGCUGGUGUGGCUCACCAAGGUGUCCAACGCCCUUGGCAUGUCCCCCACCGACGACCAGCUCAAGGACUUCAUCUGGAAGACCCUCAAGAGCGGCAACGUGGUCCCCGGCUACGGCCACGCCGUGCUCCGCAAGACUGACCCCCGUUACACAUGCCAGCGCGAGUUCGCCCAGAAGCACUUGCCCAACGACCCCCUCUUCAAGCUUGUCGCCCAGGUGUACAAGAUUGUGCCCCCAGUCCUCAUGGAGACCGGCAAGGUCAAGAACCCAUGGCCCAAUGUUGAUGCCCACUCUGGUGUCCUUCUUCAGUAUUAUGGCUUGAAGGAGAUGAACUACUACACCGUCCUGUUCGGAGUUUCCCGUGCUCUCGGUGUCCUGGCUGCCCUGGUCUGGGAUCGUGCCCUUGGUCUUCCUCUGGAGAGGCCCAAGUCUAUGUCCACCGAUGGUCUGAUGAAGCUGGUGAAGAAGUAAGAAGUCCAACUUUAUUUCACCAACCAAACCAAAUUGAAUCAUGGGUGUUCAUCUUAAAUCAAUUUUUAUUUUCUGUUUAUUGGACCAAAGGAAAGCAAUACUGCUUUCAGGGUGUUGUGUCUUUUAACCAGAACAGAUGCCUCAAACAGAAAUGUUUUAGUGCUGGAAGCUCUAACAAAAAGAGGCUCUAGUUAAAAUGAUCAUGAUCACAGACCUCUACUCAAGUGUUCUCAAGUAGUACUGUACUUCAUUUUGUAUUUAUUUGUCAUUUGUAAAUACUGCGCAUUAUUUAAGGUACCCUGUGUGUUGAAAACUGUGUGAAGUGACUAUGGUUGGUGAGAUGCAAGUCAGACUUGUUGGAGGCCUUCCUUUAGGAGACAAAAUUUUCAAAAGUUAUCAAAUAGUGACUCAGUAAAUAUAGUCAAGAACCUGCAAAACAAACAUUUUAGGCAUGUAUGAAUUACACAUUGCAAAUUGGUCCUUAUUUGAGUUUGUAAAACUCUGAUUUUAUUUAAAGGUAUUUUUUUAUUAAUUUUGUUUGUUGAUUUAGAGUUGGGCCCUCAGUGAUCUGCAGAAUUCCGUGUCUUGUGUGCGUGCUUUAUUUAUGACCUGAAUCGGUUAGCAAGAUUAUCGGAAUUAAACUUAUUCUUCCAAUAAACUUGCACACCCAUUCUUAUUUAUGAUAUAAAUUUAAUUUAUUUUGAAUUGAAUGUUUCUGUCUUAAACCAGACAAAGUCCAACUCUGUUUACAACUUUUUUUCUUUUUUUUUUUUAAAUUUUAAAUCCUUUGGUGGAGAGGAGUCAUGAAGUAUUCUUUCAGUGAAAUGCUAAGAGCAUAUAAUAGGCAGGUCAUUCUAGAUGUGUGCAUUACAGGAGUAUGUGUAACAAUGAUGGUUACAGAACGCAAUGAUUGAAGAAGAGUUUUGUUCAGUGAUGCUCUUAGUAAUUACAUUCACUUCUAUCUCAAUUUAAAAGCUGUUUUAAAACAUGUUUUGUAGAAGUUUUGCUCACUGUUGACAUUUGCAGGCAAUAUUAGUUGUCAAGUUUCCCUAGAUAAUGAAGGCAUUAGCUUGUUUACCUAGGGUUUACUGUUAAUUAAUCAGAAUGCAAUUUUGGACCAUAGACUAAUUGUAAACUUGUCUAGUCUAAAAUUAGACAAGAAUAUUCAUUUGUGUUAGUAUUGAUGCCAAAGCAGUGUGAUAUCCUUAUUUUUAAGGAUUACAUUUUUAAACUUACAUGAAUGUUAUUCAUGCCAAGUAUGAUCUGUGGCAUGAAGAGAACGUGAACGGGACAAUAUUACUGUGUAUUUUCUCCUAUAUUUUCGAAUUGCAACAUUCAAUUGGGAGUGUACUUAAAGAAACUACUCCGCUUUCACAUAAUGUGAGUCAUUUAUUUCACACAAAGUUUACCAAACUAUUAUGGCCUUGAUUGCUUUGGUGUCUUGCAUUCUGGUGCCCUAGUGCAGCUACCUUGACCCUGUAUGUAUUGUGAACAAGCCCAAGUGGGAGCAUUGUAAGUUCAAGUUGACUACAGAAGUAAAUGUAUCUUUUCCAAGUCAUUGGUUAUAGAUUGUGAUAGCUGAGAGUAGUUGGCAAAAGCUCUCCUUCAAAAUACAAGUUUUUGAAGCGAUUGAGAUUCUGAGCAGGAUGUAGCUGCUGUCCAUGUUCAGGUUGUAAAUGGUAUUUUAAAUUUAGUGAUCUGUACUAUUUUAGCUCCCUUUUGUUCUCAUGGAAUAAAGCACCAUUGACCUGAACACAA